AUGAAGCGUUUUCCUCUAUAUUAUCCCUUCCGCCAAUCGCUAUCCUACCUCGCCCACCCCGCACUCCCGAUCUCCGUCACCACCUCCUGCAUCGACCUCCGCUCGUGCCGCUACCUCCUAUGCCCCCGCCCCCCCAACGCCGACCUCCGGUGGCGCUCCUCCCGUCCUGCACGCCCAACGCAUCUUCACCAGAGCCCCUCCACGCAGAGAACGCCGGGGCGCAUGGGGAACCUCCAUUGCACUCCCUUCCGACGGGCGCCCGGUGGUAACUCAGCUCCUCCCCUCUCUCUUCUUCACCACCAACCGAGCCCACGAAUGACGAACCAAGACGAGGAGGUGGCGGCUGAAAAUUUGGAUCGCUCACAGGGUGCACAGAUCCAACAAGCGACGGGGCGGCGCUUCAAGCUCUGCAGGAAUAGGAUUAAUGGCACGCGAGAAGAAUUCGUCAAACACGCUCUCGUCCUGAUGUUAGUUUUUUUUCGUGCCCUAUGCCUCCAUUGAUAAUUCAACAAGCAUACCAAGCUUCUCAAGACCCGGAAGUUCGCGUCCAAGCUUGACCAUAAGGU